GAUGAUGAUGAUGGCCCUGAACGAGCGAGGUACGCUGCUCCCCGGGAGCAGGGAAGCUCUCUGCCUCAGCUGUAGGCUUCCGGUGUUGGAGGGCAUGAUGGGAUCUGCAGCUGCGCUUCAGGCCUGAUUUUUCCAGUUCACUCAUGCUGGGAGUGGGCAGUUCUGCUCUUCAGUUUUUGAGUCAGCCUUCCAAUGGAGAUAAAAGCAGUUGUCAGAAGAUACGAAACAAGAAAUAAGACCGCAGGAACCGAACUGUCAUCAUCCAAAUCCCGAGUUGACUGGAGACGCACUAAAAGGGAGCUCAUACUACUUGACAGCAAUGACGAAUCCUCAUGUACCUCUGAGGAGGAAGAGCCUACUACAUCAGAAGAUGAAGUAGAUGGAAAAGACGAAACCGUUGUGAAGAACAGCCUUUCAGAUCGGGAAGAGAAAAGCCACGAUGGGGAAGUAACAGAAGAUGGUGAGGAUGAGUGUAUCGUGCCUGGGAAGCGUAAAAGGUUGAACACCUCUGUCUUGUAUGACAGUGAUGAAAGUGAGGGCAGUGAUAUACUUGUUAGAAAAGUUUUUGCUAAACGCCACUGUAUAAUUGAUGAAGAUGAGAGUUCUGAAGAACAGCAACGUGAUAAAACCAGCCCUAUGGAAAAUGUUUCUACUGAUAGGAAACAGAAGGUGUUUGCAAAAUUGAAAGAACUUGCAAGACAAAGAGCAACUCGGACAUCCUGCAGCAGUGAAAAUUGUGAGGAUUCUGAUGGUGAAGCAGAAAUAGAAGAGGAACCACUCUGUCACUUGCCCCUCACACCAACAGAAGGCAGCGAAACCGACAGUGACAGCAUAAAAGAUUUUGUAGUAGAGGAAGAGGAAGAAGAUGAUGAUGACAACACAGAGCACACAGAGAGGGAAAACCAGACACAACAGAAGGACCUAAAUAUAUUAAAUAGCGAGUUGCUGGCAUACUACGUCCCACACUUAUCUCGCUGUGAUCAUUAUAUACACUUCAAAAGAAUAGUAAAGGCUUUCCUCAUAAAUACAAUUGAUGACACUUUUCUGAGCUCAUUAUAUGAUGGAACAAGACAAAAGAAGUAUGCGCAAGAUAUGUUGCUCUCACUUCAUUAUUUGGAUGACCGGUUCAUUCAGCCUCGUCUUGAGAACUUAAUCUCUAGAAGUCGCUGGAAAGAUCGAUACAAGGAGCGUGUGGAUUGUUACCCAGAUGUUCGCAUAAUCUUGAAAAAUCCAAAAAAUAUGGCUUGUCAGGCCUGUGAAUUGAAUCGGUAUUGUAAGUUUCAUGUGCUGCUCUCUGGAAAGCUUUAUAAUAAUAGAACUUUGGAAGUGGAUGACUUCAUGUCAGACGAUAAGCAGGUUUUGAAGGUUGGCAUGGUGUGUGCAAAUCGUACAAGAGUUUAUCAUAACUUGAAGCACUUCAAAUACAAGUUGUAUGUGGAUUGCAGCUCCAUUACCGAGUUGGAUGGUGUUGAGGAUGAACCAGUCAAAGACACAGUCGAGCGGCUCUUCAGCCAGUUGGAGGACAGCGGGUGGAUUCAGAAGAGAUAUGAUGAUCUCGAGGACUACAUGGAUGAUGCAGACAGUUUCCAAGAAGAGAAAAUGGAUUAAGUGGUCAUAUAGCUCUUUGAAAGACAUCUUGCAAAAAUUUGAAUGGCCUGCUUUAUCUGCAUGCACUUUAUCUCUGCUUGGUCUUCAAGAUUCCUUUUAGGCCGUGUUAUACUUAAAUCCACAUGCCUUUAAACUACUGUUUGAGAGUGUGCUGACUUUUUUUUCCUCAUCUAUGCCAAUAAUAAUCCAAAGUUUUACCAAAUCAGUCCUUCCAGUCUUACUGCAUAGGUCAUAUCUCAAUAUCUGUUUACUUGUGAAAUAAGACUUCCACCUAUUUAUAUUGAGCUGCAUCGCAGGUAAGGUAGGAGAUGCUGACGCCUUUUGAAGUAAGCGUGUUUGGAAAGGUAAGGCUGUGUUACACAAGAGCGUAUGACUCGCACCCUGCCUUCCUUGUCGCUUGUUACAUGCAAGCAAGUCCAACCAUUUAGAAUGAUAGUUACAAGAAACAGGACCCAAAUGCAAAGAUCUAUUUCCCCUCUGGGGAAUCAGUAUAGACUGUUGCAAGGCAACAGAGGAAAUACUCUGCAGUUCUGACUACCUUUGCAGCACAGUAAUCAUUCCUCUCCUUAGAGAGUAGGUGAUGAGUCACGUCAUAGGCGUCAUACAGACUGAGUCUGGCUUAGCCAUCUCUGUGAACGUUUGGGCCCACAGUGCUGUCGCUGAUAAGCAGCUGGGGCAAUUUACCAAGAUUUUAAACAUCCAAUUACGUUGUGCAAACAUAAUGGCAACAACUUGCAGUAACUAAAAAAUUAAGAGAAUGGAUUAAUGUGGCCAUGCAAGAUAAGCAAGAAUGCUUCCAGUUUAACUAACAGAAAGUAGGAGUUACUCAGAAUCAUGAUGCAUGGCUUACCUGAAUUACAUGAAGCCCAAAAUAAGAGUUCUUUGGGGUCAGGGGAGUGAAUUUUUGAGGAGUUGGGAAGGGUUAAGUACUGUGUCAUCCAUUCUGGAAAAUGGGACGUGAGCUGUCAAUGUGCGCUGGCAGCCCAGAAGGCCAACCGUACCCUGGGCUGCAUCAGGAGAAGUGUGGCCAGCAGGUCGA